AUGCUGCGACUUCAUGGUAGCAUCACACCUAAACUCGUCAUUCCGAUUCUGCUUGUGGGUGGUUGGGCCACUGCAAUUACCUGCGUCUCAAAGCUUGUGUAUGACCUCGGCACCGAUCAAGUUUUCAUUACCGUGCUAGGCUUCGUUGUGAGUCUAGCACUCAGCGUCCGCAGUUCCACCUCUAUGGACCGAUACUUUCGAGGCCGACAACUUUGGGGACGUCUUCGACUCGCAUCGCAUAUACUGGCGCGUUUGAUUCGGAUACAUGUGGAAGAGAGACAUGGCUUCGAUGCUGAACUGGGAAAGCAAGAUCUGCUCGGCAAGGUCAGCUGCUUGAACUUGAUCGUGGCUUUUGCUAUCGCGUUGAAGCACAAAUUGCGAUUCGAGCCAGGAAUACACUACGAGGAUCUCAAGCACUUGGUUGACCAUCUGGACACGUUCGCGCAAGGAGCAAAUAUGCCCGCGCUCGACCCUCCGAGCGCUUUCAGGCGGGCUUGCCAGCUCCUCGGCAUACCGAUGGCAACACCAAACCCACGCAGACACGUCAAGAAAUCGGUCGUCCCUCUUGGAGACCUACCCCUCGAAAUCCUAUCUCACCUCUCCGCCUAUAUCAAAGUCCUAUACGACACGGGUACACUGAGAGAUUACAGCAUUUAUCAAAACCAGAGCCUCGACUCACUAACAAUCAUGGACGAGGUAUCGUGCGGCACCGAGAGAAUCUUGAACACACCCCUUCCGCUAGCAUACUCCAUCGCCAUAGCUCAAGUCACCUGGUUAUACAUACUGUUGCUGCCUUUCCAGUGCUUCAAUAGUUUAGGCUGGAUCACCAUUCCCGCAUGCAUAGUCGCAACGUACAUCAUCUUGGGUAUCGCUUUCAUCGGUCGUGAGAUCGAGGAUCCUUUCGGCCACGAUGUCAACGACCUGCCACUCGAUGCCUUCUGCCAGCAAAUUCGUCAAGACCUCCAUAUCAUCAUGUCACGCGCUGCACCUAUCGCCAAUGACUUCAUGGGCCGUAAAGAGAACAUGCCAUUAUACCCACUUUCGAAUCUGAGCACGCGAGCAUGGGCAGACAAGUCGUCAGAGGAGAUACACGUUGCUUUAUCGCAAAGACUCGCCCUGCACUACCCCAUGGUUGAGCAUGGAGAAAGUCCAGCGCCGCCUGCGCAAGUCCAUUUAUGUGGCGUGGAACGUGGGACGGAGAAAGGUGCACCGGGACCGAAUGAGACGACUGGCAACUACAGGAGAAAGUACGGAAGUGUAUAG